UGGCAACACCAACACAGUGUAUAUUUUUAAUAUUGUUAUUUUGUCGUCUGGCAAUACUCUCUCUCUCUCUCUACCCACCUACCUACGUGUGUGCAUUGUUAAUCAUCUAAUAAUUAAUAAAAGUGCAGUAAAACAUUUAAUCAGCGUAUAAUUCAAGCGUAUACAGUCCCGCUUCGCAACAUGGUCCUUCAGCUUUAAAGGAUCCAACGGGGGAUACACAAAUCACGAGCUGUUGGCAGAACAAAUACGGCGCGACGCGCUCACCAACUCGUUCCCGCCACUAUUUCUACGGGUCUUCGGUUCGGCGAGUGCGCGAUUUCGUGUCGGUCCAGCAAGCCAGUGCAUAAAAAACUAGACAGUGCAGUGCGUUAGUGCCGUUACGAUCAUACAAAGACAUCAAAUCUGGCAGAUUUGACGACGCGACGACUUCGCGCUCAUCAUCAGGUUCCCGCCAUUACGACGGUGAAUCGGCGCGAACGCGCUAUUUCGUGUCGGUCAGUGGUGUCGGCCAAGUUACGAGGUUCAUAGUCUGUGAACGCGACACGUCAAGCAAGCAGGGUGAAUAUUCUGAGCGCUAGGGACAGCAAGUUCGACAACUAGCGCCAGCGGCGAGCCUUGGAACUACGCGUGGCGGCCAAGCGGCGAACAUCGGCGGCCAUUCUGACGGUUUACUUUUUUUCACUUGUCAAAAAUUUUCUCGUUGGAUUCAACAACUUUGCGUCGAAGUUAAUUUAUUAGUUUUUGCGAUUUAAAUCAUUGAAAAAGUAACUUAUAUUGUGUAAAUUUGUUCAGAACUUAAGUAUUUGUGUUAUAACCAAAGAUUUAACUGUGUUCUGUUGUUUGUAAAUAAGUAAAAAUGGAGAAGUUACAAGAGCUUGUGUCAAGAAGGCGUCACACAAAAGGUAACAUAACUAGGCUUUAUAACUUUGUUAGCAGUGACGAAGAUGUGGCAAACUCCACAACCGAAGCUCUGCUCGUCAAAAAGAACCGUGCUUUGGAAUCGUUUUCGAGCUAUGAAAAGUGCAAUGUCGAUAUUUUACAACUUGACGAGAAGGACGAUGAAGACGUUUCUGUCGUGGAGGAAAGGUUUUUCCACAUCUUAGCCACACUUGAUGCAGAAUGUAACAAACGCAAUAGCCAGGAACCAAAGCCUUCAGCUCCAUCUGCUCCAAUUUCCAAAUUAAAACUACCACCUAUCAAUGUACCUAUAUUUAGUGGUAAAUUUACUGAGUAUAUACCAUUCAUCAACUUGUUCAACUCAGUGAUAAAUGACAAUGAGUCAACAGACUAUGUACAAAAAUUGUAUUAUUUGCGUGCAUAUCUCAGGGAUGAGCCCCUGCAACUAAUCAAAAACUUACCUUUGACGCACGAAAGUUAUAAAAAAGCACUAGAAUUGUUAGAUGAUAGAUAUAACAAUAGAUUUAGGAUAAUUAAUGAGCACAUUAGCACACUGUUGGAUCUGAAUCCUCUUACAAAGUCGACAGCAGCAGGUCUAAGAGAGUUUAGUUCAAAUGUUAGGCAGGAGAUUGCAGCUCUAACAAAUUUAGAUCCUAACGUUAAGCAUUGGGAUGCUAUAAUUUUGUGUAUACUUUGCCGAAAAUUAGAUCUCCUAACAUCGAGAGCCUACCAAAUGGAGAGAGACACCGCCAUGGACCCUACCGUGGAGGACCUGCUCAAGUUUAUUGACAAGCAAGCACUGGCAUUGGAGAAUGUGGGGCCGGCCUGUGGCCAGUCGCAACCACCACGACACACCAGUCAGCAGCAGCACAAGGAGCAGCGUCCAGCAUCCACAGGCAAACCGGUAGCGUACACUGCAGCGCAGAAGGCAUCAUGCUUACUAUGCUAUGCUGCCACCGGAGUCGACGAUCUACGAGUCUGCAGCCCCGCCUAGCGGAGCGCAGCCCUCGGCGCCAGGUGCCCGGCAUCCACAGCUCAUCAACACGCAGUUCGGCUAUGUAAUCGGGGGAAGCCUGCCUACACAAGUCUGCAAUAAGGUAGCAGUUUUUAAAUGCACAUGUGAGUCAGAUAUUAAUGAAAAUUUAACGAAUUUUUGGAAGAGUGAGUCCGUUCCAGAAAUUUAUAAUGAAAAGUCUUCAGAGCAAGAGCUCUGCGAGUAUGUAUUUCAAAAGACUGUUCAGUUGAAGGAUGAUUGUUUUGAGGUUGCUUUGCCCUUGAAACUGCCAUUAGAAGAUGUAAACGAUGCUCUCGGAGAUUCAUUUCAUUUCGCGUUAAAAAGGUUUUUAAACCUCGAAAAGAAAUUGCACAAAGAUCCCAACCUUUUCAUAGAGUAUCAGAAGUUUAUACACGAUUACAUAAACUUAAAUCACGGGCACUUCGUAGACAUUGAGAGCUACCAGCUUAGUAAGGACGCAGUGUACUUUCUGCCGCAUCAUGCGGUACUCAAGCCUGACAGUAAGACCACUAAGUUGCGUACUGUUUUCGACGCCUCAAUGAAAACAAACAAGAAGGUAUCGCUUAACGAUUUACUGCUAAACGGACCGACCGUACAGAGAGAUCUUUUCGACAUACUGCUCUUGUUCCGUUUCGGUAACUAUACGUUCACUACGGACAUAAAACAAAUGUUCCGCAACAUCCGCGUAAUACCUGAGCAUACUUCCUUACAGAACAUUCUAUGGAGAGACAGCCCCGACGAGACCAUCAAGUGCAUUAGGCUGGAUCGAGUAAGCUACGGGCUGAAGAGCUCUAGUUAUCUAGCCACGCGGUGUUUGAAAGAGCUUGCUAUGCAUAAUGAGCGCGAACUGCCCUUGGCUUCGUUCAUUUUAAACAACUGCACGUAUGUAGAUGAUGUACUGUUCUCAAAUAGUGAUUUAGACUUGAUAGUAGAAGCAAAAUCACAGCUUCAGCAGUUACUGAAAAAAGGCAGUUUCAAGUUACAUAAAUGGUCAGCAAAUGACAGUAGAAUAUUAGAAGAUAUUCCCUCAACUGAACGGCAUUUUGACGAGUUAGAAUUUCAAAAUGACAACUGUAGUAUAAAAACCUUAGGUUUACAGUUGAUUGUGCAUCAGGACAAGUUUAAGAUAGUAAGUCCAGAAUCAUGCGAUGCAGAUAAUAUUACGAAACGCGAAAUAUUGGCGUACAUAGGAAAAUUCUAUGACCCGAUGGGUUUUGUAGGACCUAUAGUUGUACAGGCUAAGUCUAUAAUGCAGAAAUUAUGGUCCAGCAAAUCAGACUGGGAUUCCACGCCUGACGAUAACAUUAAAU